AUGGACAAAGGUGGACGUUUUAGAGCAGCUGGGUGGGUCAAGAAAGGUAUUUUCAAGAAGGGUUCCUACAAUAUCAAUUACGCCUACUUGGAUCGCAUCAUCCUCAAGAAUGGAACGAGAUGUGAUCUCUCUGGUGCUCCUCUUGCUCUCAAAUGGAGAAGUCAUUGCCAAGCCAGCUUGGACCGUAUUCGAGACCACGAAUCAUAUCGCAAGGGUAAUGUCCGCGUCGUGUGUCUAGAAUUCAAUACCACAGUCAAGUGGUAUCCAUGGACUUUUAUGGACCUGCACAGGGAGGCAGUCGAGUAUGCAAAGCAACUACAACAACUACAACCAGAUGAACUACAACAUCUUCUUACAGUCAACAAAGACGAGUUGAUGAGGCAUUUUACAACAAUGAUUCGUAAUGCCCGUACACAUCAAAAACAACGAAUGGCUGACCACCCAGAACAUUCUGAUCAAUUCAAUCUCACCCCAUGGUUGUUGAUGGCACUUUGGAUCCUUCUCAAGGGAAGUUGCUAUUAUUCUGGUGCCAAGUUAAAGUUGCCAUCCCAAUGUGCUGCCGCCGCUGCUGCUGCCACCUCUGCUGCUGCCGCUGCCACCUCUGCUGCUGCUGCUGCCAUCUCUGCCGCUGCCGCUGCUUCCACCUCUACUGCUGCUGCCGCUGCCACCUCUGCUGCUGCUGUUGCCACCACUGCUGCUGCCGCCGCCACCUCUGCUGCUGCCGCUGCCAUCUCUGCCGCUGCUGCUGCUGCUGCUGCCACCACCUCCACUGCUUCAGCCGCCACCUCUACUGCCUCUGCCACCUCUACUGCUGCUACCACCGCUGCUGCUGCUAAAUCCGCUGCUGCUGCUGCCACCGCCGCUGCUGCUGCCGCCACUUCUACUGCUUCUGCCACCUAUACCUCUACUGGUGACAGACAAAGAGAUCCCAGAUUUGAUCUCAUUAUAUCAGAACCACCAAAGACUAAAGAUACCGGUAACGGGAACUGGUCACUCUUGAAGUACAACUACCUCCUUCAUUGCUUCCAAUGCAAAGAGCAGGGUAUUCUUUCAGAAACAUUUGACCCAUCCAAGGCGCCACCCAAUCCAGACUGGAAUCUUGUAGAAAGGAAUAGACUCGCUUGGUUGGAACAACCAAAUAUCAAAUCUGAAGCCGUUGCCAACACCAUUGCCUUGGUACCAGCCAAAAAGAGGGUAAAGAAAGAGGUCAAGGAACCAAUUGUCAAGGUAGAUGGCCAAGAAAGUGAUCCACUCGAUAAUCUAGAGGUUAAAUCUGAUAUCUUGGCUUUGGUGGGUGCAAGUGUGAUGAAGGCAUCUCAUUACGAUCACGAUGAUGAAGAAGAGGAUGAUAUCGUGAUUGUCAAACCCAAGGCCGUCGUAGUCGCCAAGCCCAAAUCCGUCGUAGUCGCCAAGCCCAAGACUGUAAAGCCUGUCAAACCAGUACCAGCCGAACCUAUUUCAGUCGACCAAGAAAUGCCAGAUCUAGAUGACCAGUUUACCUUAAAAAUCUUUCAAUCGAGCGAAAGGGUUUAUGAACCGUCCGAGGUGCUCAAAAUAGUUCAAGGUUUUGCUGCAAGUCCACUAAAGGAUAAUCUUUUGCAAAAGAUUCAACAACAACAACAACAACAACCCAAGAAUAUAUAUGCAGUUCCUAAUCGUGUCUACCAAUAUCUACGAUCAUCAUCAUCAUCAUCAUCAUCAUCAUCAUCAUCAUCAUCAUCAUCAUCAUCAUCAUCAUCAUCAUCAUCAUCAUUGGUCAAGGUGCAGUCUGCACCUAUUCAACCACAACCAAAUAUAAUUACAACCCACUCUCGUGUACUCGGCUCCUCUACACCCAAAUCUCAUCAACCACAACAACAACAACAACAACCUAAACAGCAACACAAGAAUAUAUAUGCAGUUCCUAAUCGUAUCUACGAAUAUGUACCAUCAUCAUCAUCAUCGUUGGUCGAGGAACAAUCUGCGCCUAUUCAACCACAACCAUCCAAGUGUGUAAAUUCUCCAUCAUCCACCCGUCAACCUCCAAAUAUAAUUACAACCCACUCUCGUGUCCUCAGUCCCAUUUCUCCAUCAUCGUCCUCUACACUCAAAUCUCAUCAACAACAACAACAACCUAAACAACAACCCAGGAAUAUAUAUGUAGUUCCUAAUCGUGUCUACGAAUAUGUACCAUCAUCAUCAUCAUCAUCGUUGGUCAAGGAGCAGUCUGCACCUAUUCAACCACAACCAUCCAAGUGUGUAAAUUCUCCAUCAUCCACACGUCAACCUCCAAGUGUAAAGCAGAAUAUAAUUACAACCCACUCUCGUGUCCUCAGCCCCAUUUCUCCAUCAUCACCAUCCUCUACACUCAAAUCUCAUCAACCACAACAAAUUGUAUCAAACAAUCCUAUCAACAAGAUAAACAAGAGUCCUUCACCAUCCUCUGCUGUGUCUAAACCAGCACAACCUCUCACAUACAAUCAAACAAGACUUGCCAGACUUUCAAAUCAAUUUAGAAACCCCAAUCCUAUUUCUCCAGAAUCUAAAUUGAUAAAUCAAUAA